AUGAUCUUCAUCCUCAUCUUCAUCGGUCUUCUUCCAGCAGCCCAGCUCCAGCAGGACCAGCAGGACCAGCAGGACCAGCAGGACCAGUGUCCUCGCGGCUCCUGUAAUCCGCAGCUCGGUGACCUCAUGGUGGGUCGGGCCCCUCAGCUCUCAGCCUCCUCCACCUGCGGCCUGCAUGGACCCAAUAAUUACUGCAUCCUCGGAUACUUAGAGGAGGAGCAGAAGUGCUUCACGUGUGACUCUCGGCUGCCGUACGAUCGCCAUAGCAACCCCGACAGCCACCGCAUCGAGAACGCCAUCACGACCUUUGACCCCGAGCGUAAAAUGAAGUGGUGGCAGUCUGAGAACGGAGUCCACCAGGUCAGCAUCCAGCUGGAUCUGGAGACCGUGUUCCAGUUCAGCCAUCUGGUCCUCAGCUUCAAGAGCUUCCGCCCGGCGGCCAUGUUGGUGGAGCGCUCGAAGGACUUCGGGAGAACGUGGAAAGUGUUCCGAUACUUCGCGGAAGAUUGUUCGCUUCAUUUCCCGACGGCGUCGCGUCGGCCGGCCGACGGCAUCGAACACGUGGUCUGUGACAGCCGGUACUCGGGGUCCGAGCCCUCGUCUGACGGAGAGGUGGUGCUAAAAGCUUUGGAUCCAAUCUUUGAAAUAGAGAAUCCGUACGCACCAGAGAUCCAAGAGCUGAUCACCAUCACCAACAUCCGGAUCAACUUCACCCGCCUCUUCACGCUGGGCGACACUCUGCUGGGCCGCCGCCGCAGGAACCCGCAGGACAAAUAUUACUACGCCCUUUACAACAUGGUGGUGCGAGGAAGCUGCUUCUGCAACGGCCACGCCAGCCAGUGCAUGCCCCUGGACGGAGGGCGGGGGGACGUCUACACCCAGGCCGGCAUGGUCCACGGCCGAUGCGUCUGUCAGCACGACACGGCCGGAGAGAACUGUGAGCGCUGUCGAGACUUUCACCACGACGCCCCCUGGAGGCCCGGAGGGGAAGGACACGUCUGCAGGAGUUGUGACUGUAACGGUCACUCUGACUCGUGCCACUUCGACGCGGCUCGGUUCGAGGCGUCGGGGGGGCGGAGCGGCGGCGUGUGUGACGGCUGCCGCCACGACCGGGUCGGACCUCACUGUGAGCGCUGUCGGCCGUUCCUGUUCCAGGACCCCCGGCGGGCCCCCCAGGACCCCGACGCCUGCAUACCGUGUGACUGUGAUGCGGGGGGGUCAGAGGGGGGGGGUCUCUGUGACCCUCUGAGCGGUCAGUGUGUCUGUAAAGGAAACGUCGAGGGGCAACGAUGCGACCGCUGCAAACACGGAUUCUUUGGUCUGAGACACGAAGACCCGGCCGGCUGCCAGAAGUGCACGUGUCACGCUUUGGGAAGUUUGGGGUCAUGUGAUCAGCUGACAGGAAGAUGUGAAUGUGACCGACUGGCGAGCGGAGAGCAGUGUGACCGAUGUGUGGCAGGGUUCUGGGGUCUGGGGGACUCGGGGUUCAGGUGUUCUCCGUGUGACUGCGAUGUCGGAGGAUCCCGAAGCAACGCGUGUUCUCCUCAUGGCGGUCAGUGCACCUGUCUGCCCAACAUGGCCGGUCGGCGCUGCACCGAACCCACCGCCGGCCACUUCCUGCCGCCGCUGGACUACUUCCUGUAUGAGGCGGAGCUCGCUGCCGCGCUGCAUGAUGGGAACUCUGCUGCUGCUCUGGCGGGACUUCCUGCAGCCGUGUCCAGGGAUUGGGUCAUACAGCGGGACCCGACCGUCCCACCGGACUGCGUGCAGUAUUACAGAGAACGAGGAUUCGGCUUCCAGCUCUCUAAGGGUCGAGUGGUUCUGAUCCGGAGGACUCGGCGGGCCCGCCUCAGGAGGCAGACUCUGCAGCCGGGCCGGAUCCCGCUGGAACCGGGUCACGCCCUGCAGAUCAUCCCCCGCCAGAGGACGCCCGGCCAGUCCGUCACAUGGAGCGGCCUGGGAUUGGUCAGAGUCCUGGAUGGGGCGGGGCUUAGGUUCACUGUAGACAACCUUCCUUCCUCCAUGGAGUACCGGCUGGUGAUCCGCUACGAGCCCGAGACUCCAUCUGAUUGGUUGGCAUCAGUCAGCGUCAUCACGCUGUCGCCCGGCGAUGGCGGCUGCAGCAGCGACCCGACAGGAAGUAAAACUCUGAUUCUCCCCGGAAACACCAGAGGCGGCGUUCUGGACUCUCCGCUGUGUCUGAACGCGGCGGCUCGAUACUUGGUGGACGUCUCGUUUAACGUUCAGUCCGGACCCGAAGCCUCGCACAUCCUCAUCGACUCGAUGGGUUUGAUUCCCAUCAUCGAAUCCAUCCGUGACUUCUGCUCCCAGAGCGAGCUCGACUCUUUCCGACGCUUCCGCUGCGUCGGAUUAACCGUCGAACUCGACUCGCAGGAGUCGCUGCCGGAAGUCUGUGAAGGUCUAAUCGGGAGCAUGUCGGCCCGGAUCCACAACGGAGCUGUUCCCUGCAGGUGUAACGUGAUUGGCUCUCUCGGACCGUCCUGCAGUAAAGUGGGCGGGUUGUGUGAAUGUAAACCCAACGUGAUUGGCCGUUGCUGUGAUACCUGUGCGCCACAGACUUUUGGAUUUGGACCUGACGGCUGCAAACCGUGUCAGUGCGACCCCCGCGGCUCAGUGUCAGAGCUCUGUGAUCAGGUCAGAGGUCAGUGUGCGUGUCGCUCAGGGGUGACCGGUCGGCACUGUGGACGCUGUCAGGCGGGAUUCUGGGGUUUCCCUCACUGCCGACCCUGCGAGUGCAACGGCCUGUCCGACGUCUGCGAUGAACAGAGCGGAGAGUGCCAGACCUGCAGAGAGCACGCCACCGGACCUCGCUGUGACAGGUGUGUGGAGGGUUACUAUGGUAACCCAGCCUCCAGACAGCCCUGUCAGCCAUGCCUGUGUCCAGACAUUCAGGGCAGCGGACGAUUCUUCGCCUCUUCCUGCAACCAAAACCCACAAUCCCUUGGUCUGACCUGCAACUGCUGGGAGGGGCACAAAGGUCCACAGUGCAACAGAUGCAGUCCUGGUUUCUAUGGCGACCUGACGUUGACGGGUUCCCGCUGUGAAGAGUGUCCGUGCAACAACAACAUCGACCCAGACGAGCGAGACGCCUGCGACAGUGUGACCGGAAAAUGUCUGCACUGUCUCCACAACACGAUGGGACCAAACUGCCAAAACUGCAAACCGGGUUACUAUGGCAACGCCCUAGAGCAAGACUGCAAAGAAUGCUCCUGUGACCGGCGGGGGACAGAGGUGACUCGGUGUCCUCUGGGGAGUCCCUGUUUCUGUGAUCAGGCGACCGGACAGUGCCCCUGCAGGACAGGUGCGAUGGGCGUCCUCUGUGACGAGUGUGAGGACGGAUACUGGAACCUGGACGGAGCGUCAGGCUGUCAGCCUUGCAGCUGUGAUCCUGCAAACUCUUUCUCCAACAUCUGCAACAAGGUGUCGGGACAGUGUCCCUGCCGUCCUGAGUUCGGAGGAAGACAGUGUGAUGAAUGUGGAGAAAAUCAUUUUGGGAACCCUGACCUGCAGUGCAUCUCUUGUGACUGCAACAUGGAGGGAACCGUGCGCCCGUCAUGUGACCCUGAAACGGGCGAGUGCAUGUGUCGGACCGGUGUCACCGGUAUCUUCUGUGAUGAGUGCGCUCCUGGCUACGACUCAGCGUUCCCCGCCUGUAAGGAGUGUCACCCCUGCACGACCCUCUGGGCCCAAAACGUUACCGACGUGCAGCGAGCGGCUCAGAGGAUGAGAACCUUCAUUCCUCGCCAGGGUGACAAUCAGCCCGGACAUAAUCGCCACCGGCAAAGGAUGCUGGAGAUGCACUCUAAGCUGGAAGGUCUCACCAACCUGACGGCACUUUCCCCGCCGAAGGUGGACAAGAUGGCAAAACUGUAUCAGAAGAUCGGGAAGCUGAAAGACAGUAUCGACCCCAACGUGAUCCUCAUCAACCCGACCUCACUGCUCAACACUGAAAUAGACAACAUUCAUCACGAGUUCAAGAAGCUGCUAAACAACCUGAAGGAGAAGCUCAUGGGGCUGCCCGAUGAUGAUGAUGGCGAUGAUGAAGACCUGCAGGAACUGCUGGAUGAGAUCCAGAAGCUUCACAAAGACUUCCUGUCUGAUGAGAAGAGAGUGAAGAAUGCUAACGAAGCUCUGGAGGACUCCAUGGACACCAGAGAGGAGGUCAAACACAAACUGAGCAAGUGCAGCAGCAGAGGAGACCUGGCGCCUCUGGAGAAGUCGGUCAAAGCGCUGAGUGUGGUCAGCCUCAACCGUAAGAUCUGUGGAGAACCAGGAGUAGGACAGGAGGACUGUUCAGGAUGUGGUGGCGCUCUCUGUCGUCUGCCUCUGGGAAACAGGAAGUGUGGCGGUCCAAACUGUGAUGGCAUCGUUCCUCUGGGUGAAAAAGCUUCAGACACGGCAGAUAACGCCAAGGAGAAACUCAUCAUGCUCUCUGGCAAACUGCAGGAGUCCAAGAACAAGAUCAAUGACGCCCAACAGGUGGCUCAGGACACUAAAGCUCUGACCAAAAACCUCCAAGAUCGGAUCAACAACAACAUGGACACCUGGGAGAGAGACAAGAACAAAACCAAGGAGCUCAUUCAGCGUGUCAGAGACUACCUGCUGGAUGAGAUGGUUCCUCCUGAGGAUAUUGAGAAAAUGGCCCGAGCAGUGCUGGACAUCCAGUUACCACGAUCACCUGAUGAGAUUCGAUCCAUGAUCAAUAACAUCAAUGAUCUGCUGUCCAAUGCCGCCAACUUCCAGGAGGACAUGAAGAAGCUGGAACAGCAGGCCAAGACGGCCCAGGACUUGCUGCAGAAAGCCCUGGAGCUCAAGGAACAGACGAAGAACAUUGAUAUGAACAAGAUCAGCCAAGAUAUUUAUGAAGCAGAGAAAGCUCAGAGCAAAGCCAACGACGACCUGGAGACAGCCAGUGGAGACAAGGACAUGGCCAAAGACCGACUCCGAGAAAUUACAGACAAACUGGACGAUGAUGAGAAGAAGCUUAUGAGCCCUCGACCCAAACAGCUGUUGGACAACAUAGAAGCGCUCAAAAGGAAAACUGAACAGAACAGAGAACAAGCUAAAGAGGCCAAAGAGGCUGCAGACGCAGCUACAGGCAGCAGUAAAGAUGCAGAGACGGAGCUGGACAAGGUGAGAAAGCUGUUUGAGGUUUUAAAGCAGCAAAAAGGGAACGAGUCAGUUCAGGACGAAGCUGGAAAACGUCUGAAGAACAUCGUGGAGGAGGUCGAGAUGCUGAGGCGGCAAGUGGAGGACAAACAGCGACUCAUAGAAGACGUGGAGAAGAACAUCAACCAGCUGAUCAGACGUAAACAGGAGAAAGUCGCUGAAGUGGCCGAACUCUUAAAGGAAGUGGAUUCUCUUCGCCAGGACAUCUCGAAACGGGCUGAAGGAUACAUCAACUGCUCCUCUUAA